AAUCUCAUAAUACAUAAAAAUUUAUCUAAAAAUACCUUAAAUGUAAAUACAAAUAAAUAAUAAUAUCGGUAAUUAACAAGUGGUACAAUUUGAUGGUCCUCAUUUCAUUUAAGAGUUGUGACCUGUUCCUAUUUGUCUGCCCUUUGUUCCAUGUGGAUGCAUUUGAGGAAGUUGCUGGCACUAUCAACAGAAACAACCUUUACUUUUCCCCCGCUCCUUUUGACACGUUCUGGCCUUCAAUGCAACAAGACAGCAAUUUACCAUGGAACGUUUUGCAAACGCAAUGGAACUAAAAAACAAAGAAAAAGAAGAUUUUCGUUGAUUUCAAAUUGUUUUUUUGUCCUCGUACCAGCACGAAGAACUUCUAUUGGAAAGUUUUGAACAAAAAGAAAGAAAGAAAGAGAGAAAUUGGAAAAAAAGAAAAGAAAAAAAUCAAGAAGGGUCCGUCCAUAUCAUAGUGUGGCCCAGCUGCUCCCAGAAAAUAAAAUAAAUUUGAGUAGGUCAAUUCUGGAAUGGGUCAUGACCUACGCCAUUAUACAUCACACCCGCAAUAACAUACCCCAUCCCCAUGUGCUACCGAAUGAUCUCAGACUGAUGAUGAGUUCAGUAUUUCACUCCCUACUAUGACAUUCCAAGUGAACCCCAUUUACAUUAACCCAAUAAAACAAGCAAAUCUUGGCUCAUUGGAUGAGCUUAGUUGAAUUGAUACCCAUUUCAUUCCAAAACUAAACUUAUUCAACAAAAAUGACAAUUAUUUUGAGACCAACAAGUAUUUACCAUAAAUCUUUGAUUCUGAAAUCAAAUGUUCAAACUCUUGUAAUUUCAUAAUUUUAAUUAUCUUUUUUGGGGGGUAAAUAAACUAAUUCUAAUUAU